GACUUGUCUCUCCAGAAUGACUAUGCUCCAUUUCUAGGUCUCAAAUCACAACCAUGAAGUUGAUAUUAUGGUACUUGGUUGUGGCUCUUUGGUGCUUCUGCAAAGAUGUGGAAGCCCUACUUUACCGACAAAAAUCAGAUGGUAAAAUAGCAGCAAGCAGAUCAGGUGGCUUCUCUUAUGGUAGUUCAUCCUCUGGUGACUUGGACAGAAAAAAGCCACUCUUUAGCUUGGAAUUUGGUUCUCCAGGAGAAGCUGAAGACAAGUCUAGACAACGUCAGGAUGCUGGGAGUUCAAGGUCAGAAGACACCCCAGCAGGUGGCCUUUUUUACAGUAGUUCAUCCUCUGAUGACUCAGACAGGAAAAAGCCACUCUUUAGCUUAGGACUUGGUGCUCCAGGAAAGGCUGAAGACAAGUUCAGAGACCGUCAGGAUGCCAGAAGUUCAAAGUUAGAAGACACCCCACCAGGUGGCUUUUUUUAUGGUAGUCCAUCCUCUGGUGACUCAGACAGAAAAAAGUCACUCUUUAGCUUUGAAUUUGGUGCUACAGGAGAGGCUGAAGACAAGUCCAGAGAACGUCGGGAUGCUGGGAAUUCAAGGUCAGAAGACAGCCCAGCAGAUAGCACCAACACAAGAUCUGGUGCUGGCGUUAGUAGCAGUGGUGCUUCUCUGAAUGUGGGAUUUGGUUGGGGGACGUCUGAUGAAAAGGGAUUGGAAGUCGGUAGAGCUGAUGAGAGUGAAACUAGAGGCAGCGGAUCUGCUGGGGGUGAAACCAUAGUCUUUGGAUCUGAUGCAGGUAGCUCAGUUGGAACUGGUUAUUCUGGUUUGAAACUUGGAGCAGGGAAAGGUGAUGCUGCAUUUGGUUUUGAAGUUUCUGAUUCGAAUUCAUUUGGUGACAGUGGCAUUAGUAGCAAAACAGUUGAAGGAAAUCAAAUGAGUAGUUCUGGAGGAUCUGUUUCCAUUGAUCUAGGUGAUACCAGUUUAAGAAGUGAGAAUCAAUUUGUUGGUGGUGGCUCUCGAAAUUCGAUAUCCAAUUUAUGGGAUUCUGGUCAAGAGGGAUUUGGAAUCAAUGAAAUUGGAGGGAAUGGAUUGAGUGGCAGUGUAUCUGCUGAGGCUGGAUUCAAAGGUUUUGGAUCUGAUGCCAGUAGCUCAGGUGACUCAAGUGCAAGAAAUGGGUUUGAAAAUUCUAGUGAUAUCUCUGAAGAUUCAGGAGUCAUAUUGGGGUCAUCUGAUCAACAUGGAUUUGAAGUCAGUAGAACUGGUGGGAAUAGAAAGAGAAGCAGUGAACCUGCUGAGGCUGGAAACUUGAGUCCUGGAUCUGAUGUCCGUGACUCAGGAGGAAACACUUGGUCUUCUGUUUCUGGAAGUGGUGGAGGAAGUGUCACAAACUCGUCUGAAUACAGUACCUCUGGACCACUCAAUACUCCAGAAAAAGGAUCCCACAUUCCAGAAGCAACUCCAAAAUACUCAGAAACAAAUGCAAUUAUUGGUGAAGCAUCUACCUGGAGCAAAGGAGCAUAUAAAUCUUUCAACGGCCGCAUCUUUUUGUUCGAAUCUUCAUGCCCGUACACUUUCUGCCGUCACUGCGUUGAAUCUGGAGGGGAUUUCAAUAUUGAAAUCAAACGAAACAAUGAUAGUGAGACUGAAAAAAUAACAGUUCUAAUUGACAAUAACGACAUCUCUAUUUUUGGUGACACCAUUUUAGUUAAUGGAGAAAGCAUACAGAUACCAUAUAACAAUAAGUUGAUUCACAUUAAAAAAUAUGGAGAAUAUAAUGUUCUGAAUAGCCGUAGAGGAAUCCUGACUUUAAUGUGGGACAAAAAUAACAAACUCUCACUCACUCUUCACAAGCAGUAUCCAACUUGUGGUCUUUGUGGUAACUUCAACAGCACUCCAGGGCAAGAUAUUAAUGAGCACAUUGCCAAUAGUAAAAUUCCUGGUGAUUGUCCCAAUGCUGUUGGUAAAAGCUAUGAAGUUUGUGAAGAUGGAAUACAGCACUGUAACAAAAUUAUUGGAACCUACUUUGAGAAAUGUGGAAAGGUUGCCACUCUAGCCAAUGACUACAAAAUGAUCUGCAUUGAUGAAUACUGCCAAAGUAGAGACAAAACAUCUACAUGUGACACUUACUCAGAACUGUCCCGCCUCUGUGCCUCAGAUGGUCCUGGCACCUUUGAAUCCUGGCGAAACGAUUCCGAUGUGGUUUGUGAAACACAUAGAUGUCCAGAAGAACAACAUAUCUACAAAGAAUGUGGACCCUCCAACCCUGCAACUUGUUCUAAUGUGGCUCCUUUUCAAGACAGUGACUGUGUGAGCGGCUGCACGUGCCCAGAAGGUUAUCUGUUGGAUGAUAUUGGAGAGAAAGGAAAAUGUGUAUUAAAAGCUGAAUGUCCCUGUGAAUCCAGUGGAAACGUGUAUCAGCCAGGAGAAGUCCGAGAAGGUCCUUGUGGUUCUCAGUGCACAUGCCAAGAUGCAAAAUGGUCUUGCACUGAAGCAUUAUGCCCUGGAAGAUGUAAGGUGGAAGGAAGUUCCCUUACCACCUUUGAUGGUGUUAAGUACAACCUUCCUGGAAACUGCCACUUCCUGGCCAUUCACAAUGAAGAUUGGUCUAUUAGUGUUGAGCUCCGUCCAUGCCCAAGUGGUCAGACAGGAACAUGCUUAAAUAGCGUUACACUUCUUUUGAAUUCUUCUGUUCCAGUUGACAAAUACAUAUUCAGCAGUGAUGGAACAGUCACAAAUGACAAGAUUAGAAAUCAAGGUUAUUACUAUUCAGAUAAAAUACAGAUUUUCAACGCAUCUUCCUCAUACCUUCAAGUAGAAACAUACUUUCACGUAAAACUACAAAUACAAAUUGUUCCUGUGAUGCAAUUAUAUGUUUCUAUGCCACCCAACCAAUUCACAGACACUGUGGGACUCUGUGGUUCCUACAACAACAAAGCAGAGGAUGAUUUCAUGUCAAGUCAGAAUAUAUUGGAGAAGACAUCUCAAGCAUUUGCUAAUUCUUGGGAAAUGAUGUCCUGUCCUAAAGGAAACCCCUCUUCAUGUAUUAGUAUAGAAAAAGAAAAGUUUGCUGAAAGGCACUGUGGAAUUCUUCUUGAUUCAAGUGGGCCUUUUGCUUCCUGCCACCCAAUUGUGAACCCUAAACACUAUCAUGAGGAAUGCAAAAAAUAUACUUGCUCUUGUGAAAACAGUCAAGACUGCCUAUGUACAAUUUUAGGUAACUAUGUGAAAGCGUGUGCUGAGAAGGAAACAUACAUAGUAGAAUGGAGAACUGGCCUAUGUGAACAUUCUUGUCCAAGUGGACUAGUUUUCAAGUACAAUGUAAAAGCCUGUAAUAGUUCUUGCCGAUCAUUGUCAGAGAGAGAUAGGAGCUGUGAUGUAGAAGAUGUUCCAGUUGAUGGAUGCACCUGCCCUGAUGAAAUGUACCAGAAUAAUGAAGGAAACUGUGUACUGAAAUCUCAGUGUGACUGCUACAUAAAUGACGAGGUCAUGCAACCAGGCAAACUCAUCCAUAUUGAUGACAAUAAAUGUGGUCAGAUCAUAACCAAGAAUUUGGAAUUAGUUUCUGAAGAAUUGAAGAAUUUUGACUAUUUUGGCCAAGGAGGCUAUGAUUUCUACAGUUUGGAGCAAAUUUCCACUACAACAGCUACUGCCAUAUUAAGCACCGGAGCAGCAAUUACGCUGGUUACCAGUAGCCCAGGCAUAGCAGCAUCCAUUCCAGCGAUUACAACAUCAAGCAGUGAAACAACAGGAACAACUCUAGGUCCUCUCACCGAGCCUUUUACUACAGGCAUUACUGAAACUUCAGUUCCCAUCAUCUCAACAUCUGGAAAUGCAGGCACGACAGGAGUAGUGAGCCCCACCGUCACUGGUGCUGCAGGCGUGGCAGGAAGAACUGGAGGAGUGGAUGUAGCCACCACUGGAGCUGCUGGUGAAAAUACAUCUGAGAGAGCAGGCACACUGGGGGUAUCUGGAGCAACCCCUGUAGUCGGAGGUGGCAGUACCCUGGGGGAAGCAGGCCCUGGAGCCACAGUUUCUGGAAGCACAGGAGUUUCUGCAGGCUCCACCACUGCCAGCCCUGAAGCCUCAGUCACAACCUCUGAAAGCAGCAAAUCAGGAACUACUGGACCCUCAGUAGGUGGAAAAACUAGAGCCACAAGCAGUGAAGCGACAUCAUCUGAAGGCAUGUCAGGUGGAACAGGACAGCCUCUUGGAUCUACCGCUGGAUCUGACAGUGAAAUCACAGCGAGAACAUCUUUCACUGAUUCCAGCUUACCUGGGAAACUCACCAGGCCAAGCCCAGGCUCACCUGGUCACUUUAGUGGUGGAACAACUGAAGGGGGAAAUGUAGCCACCACUGGAGCUGCUGGUGAAAACACUUCUGGAGCAUCGGGUUCAACAGAAGGGUCCGUGGAAGCCACCACCAGAGCAGGCAGUGGAAACACAGCUGGAACAUCAGGUACUAGGGCCACUGGUCCUGGAAACACAGCAGUCUCAGGCACACCUGUGGUAUCACCUGGAGCAACUCCUGGAGCUCCAAGUAGCAGCACCCCUGGGGAAGCAGGCAUUGGGGCCACCAGUUUUGGAAAAUCAGGGACCCCGACAGUAUCUGCUGCUUCAACUACCAGUAGCCCUGUGAGUAAACACACCAAUGCAGCCUCAGCCACAGCAGUGACAAUCUCUGGAAGCAAACCAGGUACACCUGGAACACUGGGUGGUACGACUAGUGGAGGUGAAAUUACAUCUGGGCGGUCCAGCAGUGCUACCACCACAGGCUCUUCAAAUACACCAGGGGCAACUGGAUCAUCAACUGGGGAGACAGAGACAACUAGACCAUCAGCUAAAUUAACAGGGAAUUAUGGACAAUCAUCUGAAAUACCAGGGACAACUAAAUCAUCAUCUGAUGUUUCAGGGACAUUGGGGCCAUCAGAUAUAACAUCUGGACCAUCAGUUGCAGUGACAAGGACUUCUGAACAAUCGUCAGGAGUCACAGAGACAUCUGAACUAUCACUUGGAGUAUCAGGGACAACUGGGCCAUUAGCUGAAAUAUCAGGGACAACCAGACCAUUAGUUUCAGGAUUAAGGACAACUGUAUCAUUAGCUGGAGGAUCAGGGACAACUGGACCUUCAUCAAGAGAAUCAGUGACAACUAGACCAUUAGCUGAAGGUUCAGGGACAAGUGGACAAUCGUUUACAGGAUCAAGAACACCUGGAUUAUCAGCUACAGAACUAGGUACAACUAUGUCUUUUACUGGAGGAUUAGGUACAAGUAGAUCAUCUGCUAGAGAAAUAGGGACAACUGGACCAUCAGCUGAUGGGUCAGGAACAACUGGACCAUUUGUUGUGAGAUCAGGGACAACUAGAUUAUCAGCUGGAGUGACAAGAGCAACUGAAACAUCACCUGGAGUGACAGGAACAACUACACGAUCAGUUGAAGACUCCAGAACAACUGGACCAUCUGUUCUAGUGACAGGAACAACUGGACAAUCAGGCCAAGGAUCAGGGACAACUGGAAAAUCUAUUAUAGAAUCAGGACCAUCUCUUGUAGGAUCAGGGACAAAUGGACCAACAUCUGCAGGAUUAGGAACAACUGCACCAUCAGCCAGAAGAUCAGGUACCACAAGACCAUCAGUUGGAGGAACUGGGACAACUGGACAAUCAGGUGCAGAAUCAGGAACAACUGAACCAUCAGCUAGAGUGACAGAUGUAACUGGAACAUCAGCUGAAGUAUCAGGAAGAAUUGAACCAUCAGCUACAGGAUCAGGUACAAGUAGACCACUAGGUGAAACAGCAGGUACAACUGUACCAUCAGUGGAAGGAUCAGAGGCAACUGGACCAUCUGUCAUUGGAUCAGAAACAACUAGACUAUCAGUUAUAGGAUCAGGGACAACUGGAACUUUAUCUGGAGGUUCAGGUGCAACAAGAUCAUCGGGUGGAAGAAUGGGGACAACUGGACAAUCAACUGCAAGAUCAGAAACAACUGGACCACUUUUUGGAUUGACAGGAACAUUUGGACAAUCCUCUACAGUGACUGGGACAUCUUCAAAUUCAGCUGGAGUAACAACAUCUGAAAAAUCACCUGGAGUGGCAAUGACAACAGGACUAUUGGUUGAAGGGUCAGCUACAACUCGACCACCUCUUUUAGAAUCAGAGACCACUGAAUCAUCAGCUGGAGUGACAAUGACAUCUGGACAAUCAGCCAGAGUGACUGGGGCAACUGGACCAUCAGCUGGAGAGACGGGAACAACUGGACCAUCAACUGAAGGAUCAAUUGCAACUGUACCAUUUAUUAUUGGAUCAGAAACAACUAGACCAUUAUAUAUAGGAUCAGGGACAACUGGAACUUUAUCUGGAGGUUCAAGUACAACAAGAACAUCAGAUGGAGCAACAGGGACAACCAGAAAAUCAACUGCAAGAUCAGAAACAACUGGACCCCUUUCUGGAUUGACAGGAACAUCUGGGCAAUUGGCUGGAGUGACUGGGACAUCUUCAAAAUCAGCUGGAGUAACAGUGACAUCUGAAAAAUCAGCUGGAGUUGCAGUGACAACAGGAUCAUUUGUUGAAGGAUCAGUCACAACUGGACCACUUCUUUUAGAAUCAGAGACAACUAGAUCAUCAGGUGGAGUGACAGUGACAUCUGGACAAUCAGUCAGAGUGACUGAAACAGUUGGAGCAUCAGCUGGAGUGAUAGGAACAACUGGACCAUCAACUGAAGGAUCAGGGGCAACUGGACCAUCCGUUGUGGGAUCAGGAACAACUAGACCAUUAGCUGGUGAAUCAGGUACAACUGAAUCAUCAGUUGGAGUGACAGGGACAAGGCCAUCAUCAGGAGGAUCAGGGACAACUGAGUCAUCAUCAAGAGAAUCAGCAACAACUGGACCAUCAGAUGAAGGAACAGAAACAACUGGACUAUCACCUGGAGUGACAGUGACAUCUGGACAAUCAGCUAGAAAGACUGGGACAACUGGAGCACCAGCUGGAGUUACAGAAACAACAAGAUCAUCUGUUGUCAAAUCAGGGACAACUGGACCAUCUGUUACAGGAACAAGGACAACUGUAACUUCAUCUGGAGAAUCAGGUACAACAAGAUCAUCAGGUGGAGAAACAGAGACAACUGGCCAAUCAGCUGUAAAAUCAGGGACAGCAGAAACAUUUACUGGGUUGAUAAGAACAUCUAGGCAAUCAGCUGGAAUGACUGGGACAUCUGCACAAUCAGCUGGAGUGGCACUAACAGGUCAUUUUGUUGAAGGAUCAGUGACAACUGGUUCAUCUACUGUAGGAUUAGAGACAACUAGACCUUCAGCUGUAGGAUCAGGAACAACUGGACCUCCUGUUGUAAAAGCACAGACAAUUGGACCAUCAGCUGGAGUAACAGUGACAUCUGGACAAUCAGCUAGAAUGACUGGGGCAACUCGACCAUCAGUAGGAGUGACAGGAACAACUGGACCAGCAAGUAAAGGAUUAGGGACAAUUAGACCAUCUGUUGUAGGAUUAGAGACUACUGAACCAUUAGCUGAAGGAUCAGGGACAACUGGACCACCUAUUGUAGGAGAGACAACUGUACCAUCAGCGAGAGUGAGAGUUACAUCUGGAUAUUCAGAUAGAGUGACUGGGGCAACUGAACCAUUGGCUGGAGUAACAGGAACCACUAAACAAUCUGUUGUAGGAUCAGUGACAACUGGACCAUCAGUUACAGGAGUAGAGACAACUGUAAAAACUUCAUCUGGAGGAUUAAGUACAACCACAUCAUCAGUUGGAGGAACAAGGACCACUGGACAAUCACCUGAAAGAUCAGGGGCAACAGGACCAUUUACUGGAUUGACAGGGACAUCUGCACAAUCAGCUGGGGUGACAAUGACAUCUGUCCAAUCAGCUGGAGUGGUAGUAACAACAGAACUAAAUGUUGAUGGCUCAGGGACAACUGGAAAAUCUCUUGUAGGAUCAGGAACAACUGGAUUAUCACCUGAAGCUAUAGGGACAACUAGACCAUCAACUGAAGGAUUAGAGAAAACUGGACCAUCUAUUACUGGAUCAGGAACAACCAUACCAUUAGUUACAGAAUCAUGGACAACUGGAACUUCAUCUGGAGGACAGGGUACAACGAGUCUAUUAGUUAGAGGAACAGAGAAAACUGGACAAUCAGUUUCAGGAUCAGCGACAACAGGGCCAGUUACGGGAUUAACGGAAAACUCUGGUCCAUCAGCUGGAGUGACAGUGACACCUAGACAAUCACCUACAGUGACUCAGACAACUGGGUCAUCAGCUGCAAUAUCAGGAACCACUGUACAAUCUCUUACAGUAUCAGGGACAGUUAGACCAUCAUCUGGACAAACAGAAAAAACCAGAUCAUCAGUUGAAGAGUCAGGGACAACUGAACCAUCAGCUGUAAGGUCAGGGACUACUGGACCAACAGCUGGAGUGAAACAUACAAAUGGGCCAUCAUCAGGUGGAGUGACAGGGAUAACUGGGUCAUCACUUGGAGUGACAGGGAUAACUGGAUCAUCUGCAAGAUCAGGGACAAGUAUCCCAUCUGCUGGAAAAACAGGAACAACUAGAACAUCAGUUGAAGAAUCAAGGAGAACUGGACCGAAUCACUGGAAUAACAAGGUACAAAUGGACUAUGCUGGAGUGACAGGGAUAACUGGAUCAUCACCUGGAGUGACAGGGAUAACUGGAUCAUCUGCAAGAUCAGGGGACAAGUUUCCAUCUGCUGGAAAACAAACAACUAGAACAUCAGUUGAAGAAUCAAGGACAACUGGACCAUCAGCUGGAAUAACAGGUACAAAUGGACUAUCAGCUGGAGUGACAGGGACAACUGGAUCAUCAGCUGGAGUGACAAGGAAAACUGGACCAUCAUCUGGCAUGACAGGGACAACUGGACCAUCAGCAGAAGUGACAGGAAAAACUGGACUAUCAGCUGGAGUGAUGGGGACAACUGGUCCAUCAGCUGAAGUGACAGGGCUACCUGUAGUAUCAACUGGGGUGACAGGGACAAUUGGAUCACCAGCUGGAGUGACAGGGACAACUGCAGUAUCAGCUGGAGUAACAGGGACAACUGGACUAUCAGCUGAAGCGACAGGGAUAACUGGACUAUCAGCUGGGGUGACAGGGACAACUGGACUAUCUGCUGGGGUGACAGAGACAAUUGGACUAUCAACUGGGGUGAUAGGGACAAUUGGAUCAUCAGCUGGAGUGGCAGGGACAAGAAGACUAUCAGCUGAAGUGACAGGGACAACUGGACAGACAAAUGGUGUGACAGUGUCAACUGGACUGUCACCUGGGGUGACAGGGACAACUGCACAGCCAGUUGAAGUGACAGGGACAACUGGACAAUCUGUUGGGAUGACAGGGACAGCUAGAUCAUCAGCUGGAGUGACAGGGAUAAUUGGACUAUCAGCUGGACUGACAGGGACAAGUGGACUAUCAGCUGGGGUCACAGGGACAACUAGACAGUCAGCUGGUGUGACAGGGUCAACUGGACUAUCAGCUGGGGUGACAGGGACAACUGGACAGUCAGUUGAAGUGACAGGGACAACUGAACAAUCUGUUGGAGUGACAGGGACAACUAGAUCAUCAACUGGAGUGACAGGGAUAACUGGACUAUCAGCUGGAGUGACAGGGAUAAGUGGACUAUCAGCUGGGGUGACAGGGAUAACUGGGCUAUCAGCUGGGGUGAUGGGGACAACUGGACAGUCAGAUGAAGUGACAGGGACAACUGGACAAUCUGUUGGAGUGACAGGGACAGCCAGAUCAUCAGCUGGAGUGACAGGGACAAUUGGAUCACCGGCUGGAGUGACAGGGACAACUGAACUAUCAGCUGAAGCGACGGAGACAACUGAACAAUCUGUUGGAGUGACAGGGACAACUAGAUCAUCAACUGGAGUGACAGGGACAACUGGACUAUCAGCUGAAGCGACAGGAACAACUGGACCAUCAGCUGAGGUGACAGGGACAACCAGACUGUCAGUUAGAGUGACAGAGACAACUGGACAAUCUCUUGGAGUGACAGGGACAACUAGAUCAUCAAUUGGAGUGACAGGGAUAACUGGACUAUCAACUGGAGUGACAGGGACAAGUGGACUAUCAGCUGGGGUGACAGGGAUAACUGGACUAUCAGCUGGGGUGACAGGGACAACUGGAUCAUUAGCUGGGGUGACAGAGAUAACUGGAUCAUCAACUGGGGUGACAGGGAAAACUGGAUUAUCAGCUGGAGUGACAGGAACAACUACAGUAUCAGCUGGAGUAACAGGGACAACUAGACUAUCAGCUGAAGCAACAGGGAUAACUGGACUAUCAGCUGGGGUGACAGGGACAACUGGACUAUCUGCUGGGGUGACAGAGACAAUUGGACUAUCAACUGGGGUGAUAGAGACAAUUGGAUCAUCAACUGGAGUGACAGGGACAACUGGACAGUCAGCUGGUGUGACAGGAUCAACUGGACAGGCAGCUGAAGUGACAGGGACAACUGGACAAUCUAUUGGAGUCACAGGGACAGCUAGAUCAUCAACUGGAGUGACAGGGAUAACUGGACUAUCAGCUGGACUGACAGGGACAAGUGGACUAUCAGCUGUGGUGACAGGGAUAACUGGACUAUCAGCUGAAGUGACAGGGACAACUGGACUGUCAACUGGGGUGACAGGGAAAACUGGACAGUCAGCUGAAGUGACAGGGACAAUAGGACAAUCUGUUGGAGUAACAGGGACAGCUAGAUCAUCAGCUGGAGUGACAGGGAUAACUGCACUAUCAGCUGGAGUGACAGGGAUAACUGGACUAUCAGCUGGAGUGACAGGGACAAGUGGACUAUCAGUGGGGAUGACAGGGAUAACUGAAUUAUCAGCAGAAGGGACAGGGACAACUGGACUAUCAUCUGAAGAGACAGGGAAAACUGGAUCAUCAGCCAGAGUUACAGGAACAACUGGACCAUCAGCAGAAGUGACAGGAGAAACUGGACUAUCAGUUGGAGUGACGGGAACAACUGGCCCAUCAGCUGAAGCGACAGGGCUACCUGUAGUAUCAGCUGGUGUGACAGGGAUAAUUGGAUCACCAGCUGGAGUGACAGGGACAACUCGGCUAUCAGCUGUGGUGACAGGUAUAACUGGACUAUCAACUGAGGUGACAGGGACAACUGGACUAUCAGCUGGGCUGACAGGGACAACUGGACUAUCUGCUGGGGUGACAGAGAAAAUUGGACUAUCAACUGGGGUGACAGGCACAAUUGUAUCAUCAGCUGGAGUGACAGGGACAACAAGACUGUCAGCUGGAAUGACAGGGACAACUGGACAGUCAGCUGGUGUGACAGGGUCAACUGGACUAUCAGCUGGGGUGACAGGGACAACUGGACAGUCAGUUGAAGUGACAGGGACAACUGGACAAUCUGUUGGGGUGACAGGGACAGCUAGAUCAUCAGCUGGAGUGACAGGGAAAACUGGACUAUCAGCUGGACUGACAGGGACAAGUGGACUGUCAGCUGUGGUGACAGGGAAAACUGGACUAUCAGCUGAGGUGACAGGGACAACUGGAUUAUCAGCUAGGGUGACAGGGACAACUAGACAGUCAGUUGGUGUGACAAGGUCAACUGGACUAUCAGCUGAGGUGACAGGGACAACUGGACAGUCAGCUGAAGUGACAGGGACAACUGGACAAUCUGUUGGAGUGACAGGGACAACUAGAUCAUCAACUGGAGUGACAGGGAUAACUGGACUAUCAGCUGGAGUGACAGGGACAAGUGGACUAUCAGCUGGAGUGACAGGGAAAACUGGACCAUCAGCUGGGGUGGUGGGGACAACCAGACAGUCAGCUGAAGUGACAAGGACAACUGAACAAUCAACUGCAGUGACAGGGACAAUUGAAUCACCAGUUGGAGUGACAGGGACAACUGGACUAUCAGCUGAAGCAACAGGGACAACCAGACCAUCAGCUAAGGUGACAGGGACAACUGAACUAUCAGCUGGGGUGACAAGGAUAACUGGACCAUCAGCAGAAGUGACAGGGACAACUGUACCAUUGGCUGGAGUGACAGAGACAACUGAAUUAUCAACAGAAGGGACACGGACAACUGGACUGUCAGCUGAGGUGACAGGGAAAACUGGAUCAUCAGCAGGAGUGACAGGAAUAACUAGACCAUCAGCAGAAGUGACAGGGAAAACUGGGCUAUCAGCUGGAGUGAUGGGAACAACUGGACCAUCAGUUGAAGUGACAGGGACAACUGGAUCAUCAGCUGGAGUGACAGGGACAAGUGGACUAUCAGCUGCAGUGGCAGGGACAACUGGCCCAUCAGCUGAAGCAACAGGGCUACCUGUAGUAUCAGCUGGGGUGACAGGGACAAUUGGACCACCAGCUAGAGUGACAGGGACAACUCAGCUAUCAGCUGUGGUGACAGGGAUAACUGGACUAUCAACUGAGGUGACAGGGACAACUGGACUAUCAGCUGGGGUGACAGGGAUACCUGGACUCUCAGCUGGGGUGACAGGGAUAACUGGACCAUCAGCUGGAGUGACAGGGAUAACUAUAGUAUCAGCUGGAGUAACAGGGACAACUGAACUAUCAGCUGAAGUUUCAGGGAUAACUGGACCAUCAGCUGGGGUGACAGGGACAACUGGACUAUCAAUGACAGGGACAAUUGAACAAUUAGCUGAAGUGACAGGGAUAACUGCAUCAGCUGGGGUGACAGGGACAACUGGACUAUCAGCUGAAGUUUCAGGGAUAACUGGACCAUCAGCUGGGGUGACAGGGACAACUGGACUAUCUGCUGGGGUGACAGGGAUAACUGGACUAUCAGCUGGGGUGACAGGGACAACUGAACAGUCAGCUGAAGUGACAGGGACAACUGGACAAUCUGUUGGAGUGACAGGGACAACUAGAUCUUCAACUGGAGUGACAGGGACAAAUGGACUAUCAGUUGGGGUGACAGGGAUAACUGGACUACCAGCUGGGAUGACAGGGACAAUUGAACAAUUAGCUGAAGUGACAGGGACAACUGGACAAUCUGUUGGAGUGACAGGGAAAACUAGAUCAUCAACUGGAGUGACAGGGACAAGUGGACUAACAGCUGGGGUGACAGGGAUAACUGGACUACCAGCUGGGGUCACAGGAACAACUGGACAGUCAGCUGAAGUGACAGGGACAACUGGACAAUCUGUUGGAGUGACAGGGGCAACUAGAUCAUCAGUUGGAGUGACAGGGACAAUUGGAUCACCAGCUGGAGUGACAGGGGCAACUAUUUCAUCUGCAAGAUUAGGGACAAGUAUACCAUUAACUGGAAAAACAGUAACAACUAGAACAUCAAUUGAAGAAUCAACGACAACUGGACCAUCAGCUGGAAUAACAGGUACAAAUGGACUAUCAGCUGAAGCGACAGGGACAAAUGAAAUACCAGCUGGGGUGACAGGAACAACUGGACAGUCAGCUGAAGUGACAGGGACAACUGGACAAUCUGUUGGAGUGACAGGGGCAACUAGAUCAUCAGCUGGAGUGACAGGGACAAUUGGAUCAUCAGCUGGAGUGACAGGGACAAUUGGAUCACCAGCUGGAGUGACAGGGACAACUCGGCUAUCAGCUGUGGUGACAGGGAUAACUGGACUAUCAGCUGAGGUAACAGAGAUAACUGGACUAUCAACUGGGGUGACAGGGAUAACUGGACCAUCAGCUGGAGUGACAGGGACAACUACAGUAUCAGCCGGAGUAACAGGGACAACUGGACUAUCUGCUGGGGUGAGAGAGACAAUUGGUCUAUCAACUGGGGUGACAGGGACAAUUGGAUCAUCAACUGGAGUGGCAGGGACAACAAGACUAUCAGCUGGAGGGACAGGGACAACUGGACUGUCAGCUGAAGUGACAGGGACAACUGGACAAUCUGUUGAAGUGACAGGGACAGCUGGAUCAUCAGCUGGAGUGACAGGGAUAACUGGAUUAUCAGCUGGACUGACAGGGACAAGUGGACUAUCAGCUGUGGUGACAGAGAUAACUGGACUAUCGGCUGGGGUGACAGAGAUAACUGGACCAUCAGCUGGAGUGACAGGGUCAACUACAGUAUCAGCUGGAAUGACAGGGUCAACUACAGUAUCAGCUGGAGUGACAGGGACAACUGGACCAUCAGCUGGAGUGACAGGGACAACUGGACCAUCAGCUGGAGUGACGGGGACAACUGGACUAUCAGCUGGAGUGAUGGGGACCACUGGACUAUCAGUUGGAGUGACAGGGAAAACUGGACUAUCAGCUGGAGUGACAGGGACAACUGGACCAUCAGUUGGAGUGACAGGAAUAACUGCACUAUCAGCUGGAGUGACAGGGAAAACAGGGCUAUCAGCUGGAGUGACAGGGACAACUGGGCCGUCAGCUGAAGCAACAGGGAAAACUGGACUAUCGGCUGGAGUGACAGGGAUCACUGGACCAUUUGCUGAAGUGACAGGGACAACUGGACUAUCAGGUGGGGUGACAGGGACAACUGGUUCAUCAGCCAGGGUGACAGGGACAACUGGAUUAUCUGCAAAAUCUGGGACAAGUAUACCAUCAGCUGGAAAAACAGGAACAACCAGAACAUCAGUUGAAGAAUCAAGGACAACUAGACCAUCAGCUAGAAUAACAGGUACAAGUGGACUAUCAUCUGAAGUGACAGGGUCAACUGGACCAUCAGCUGGAGUGACAGGGACAACUGGACUAUCAGCUGGAGUGACAGGGACAACUGGACUAUCAGCUGGAGUGACGGGGACCACUGGACCAUCAGCUGGAGUGACGGGCACAACUGGACUAUCAGUUGGGGUGACAGGGACUACCAGAUCAUUAGCUGGGGUGACAGGGACAACUGGAUCAUCUGCAAAAUCUGGAACAAGUAUACCAUCAGCUGGAAAAACAGGAACAACCAGAACAUCAGUUGAAGAAUCAAGGACAACUAGACCAUCAGCUGGAAUAACAAGUACAAAUGGACUAUCAGCUGAAGUGACAGGGUCAACUGGACCAUCAGCUGGAGUGAUGGGGACAACUGGACCAUCAGCUGGAGUGACGGUGACAACUGGACUAUCAGCUGGAGUGACGGGGACCACUGGACCAUCAGCUGGAGUGACGGGGACAACUGGACUAUCAGCUGGGGUAACAGGGACUACCAGAUCAUUAGCUGAGGUGACAGGGACAACUGGAUCAUCUGCAAAAUCUGGGACAAGUAUACCAUCAGCUGGAAAAACAGGAACAAGCAGAACAUCAGUUGAAGAAUCAAGGAUAACUAGACCAUCCGCUGGAAUAACAGGUACAAAUGGACUAUCAGGUCAAGUGACAGGGACAACUGGACUAUCAGUUGGCACAACCACUGUAACAGGAAGAACAGGAGAGCCAAGAAGUGAGGUUACAGUCCCUGAAGCUACAACUGGAGUGCCUGCUGCAACUUCCCUAGGAGCUGAAGGUGAAAGCAUAGCUUCCACAUCAGUUGCCACGGGAGCCAUCCCUGGGUCAACAAUUGCACCAGGAAGUACCACUACUGGUACCACUGGGGUAACCACUGGCACAACUCUUGCCCCUAGAAGUUCUAACACAGGAACUUUUGGUAGUAUUUCUGGGAAAACCCUCAAGCCUGGAACUUAUGUCUCAGAGGCUACAACUGCUACAGGGACUCCUGAAGCAGGACAGUCAGGAGGCACCCCUGUCAUUUCUUCUGAAGUCAGUACCAGUUCAGAAGUUUCCAACACAGGUAUCACUGGAGUAGGCUCUGAGACAUCUGUUGAAACAGGAAUUUCCAACACAGCUACGACUGGGGUGGCUCCUGGCACAACCCUUGCCCCUGGCAGUUCCAGGACAGAAGUCACAACUUCCAUAGGAGGAAGUACAUCAACAAGAGGUGGAAUAGCCACAGAAGCCACAGGUUCCUCAAGAGGGGUCAGGACCACUGGAUCAGAAGCUCCAGGAGGUACUUCUGGAGAAUUCUCUGGGACAACCAUUUCAUCUGGAGGCUUCCACACAGAAGCCACAACUCUCACAGGAGGUAGGGGCAGUACUGGAACUGAAUCCAGAGCAGAGUCCACAACUUCCCUACAAGAAAGUGCAAAAACAAGAGGUGGAAUAGCGACAGAGGCCACAAGUUCCACAGGAGGGGUCAGAGCCACUGGAACAGAAGCUCCAGGAGGUACCUCUGGUAAAUUCUCUGGGACAACCAUUUCAUCUGGAGGUUCCCACACAGAGGCCACAACUCUCGCAGGUAGCAGGGGCAACACUGAAAGUGAAUUCAGAACAGCCACCACUGGGGUAGUUCCUGCCACAACUGUUGCCCCUGGCCGUUCCAAGACAGAGGCCACCACUUUCCUAGGAGUAAGUGGAACAACAAGCGUUGGAAGAGCCACAGGGGCCACAACUUCCAUGGUAGGGGGUGACACCAGCCAAGCAGAACAUCCAGGAGGUGAGAUACUUCUUGGUGAAUUUCCCAGGGAAACAACAUUUACAUCUGAAGAUUCCCACGCAGAGACCACAGCUGUGACAGGAAGCAGGGGCAGUAUUGGAACUGAAUCCAUAGCAGAGACCACAACAUACAUUAGAGGAAGUGGGACCACAAGAAGUGGAUUAGCCACAGCUACCACUGGGGCAUUCUCUGGAAAGACUCUGGAACCUGGGAAUGACAACACAGAGGCCACAAGUUCCACAGGAGGGGUCAGGGCCACCGGAUCAGAAGCUCCAGGAGGUACCUCUGGUGAAUUCCCAGGGACAACAUUUACAUCUGGAGGUUCCCACACAGAGGCCACAACUUUCACAGGAGGCAGGGGCAGUACAGGAACUGAAUCCAGAGCAGCCACCACCAGGGCAGCUCCUGGCACAACUCUUGCCCCUGGCAGUUCCAACACGGGGGCCACAGCUUCCCUAGGUGGAAGUGCAACGACAAGAGGUAGAAUAACCACCGCUACCACUGGGGCAUUCUCUGGAAAGACUCUGGAGCCUGGGAAUGACAACACAGAGGCCACAAGUUCCACAGGAGAGGUCAGGACCACCAGGUCAGAAGCUCCAGGAGGUAAUCCUGGUGAAUUCCCUGGGACAACAAUUACAUCUGGAGGAUCCCACACAGCCACCGCUAGGGCAGCUCCUGGCACAACUCUUGCCCCUGGCACAACUCUUGCCCCUGGCAGUUCCAACACGGGGGCCACAGCUUCUCUAGGUGGAAGUGCAAAAACAAGAGGUAGAAUAACCACCGCUACCACUGGGGCAUUCUCUGGAAAGACUCUGGAGCCUGGGAACAACAACACAGAGGCCACAAGUUCUACCAGAGGGGUCAGGACCACCAGAUCAGAAGCUCCAGGAAAGGCCACAACUCUCACAGGAGACAGGAGCAGUACCAGAAGUGAAUCCAAAACAGCCACCACUGGGGUAGUUCCUGCCACAACUGUUGCCCCUGGCCGUUCCAAGACAGAGGCCACCACUUUCCUAGGAGUAAGUGGAACAACAAGCGUUGGAAGAGCCACAGGCGCCACAACUUCCAUAGUAGGGGGUGACAUCAGCCAAGCAGAACGUCCAGGAGGUACAACUGUGGUUUCAGCUCGAGUCAGCAGCAGUUCACAGAGCUCCAGACCAGGUACCUCUGUCACACCAGAGAGCUCAGCAUCUGAAAGUGAAACAGUUACUACAGAAGAAUUCUCUGGGACAACUGCUAUAUCUAGAACGUCCCACACUGGCACCACAGCAGCCUCAGGAGGCCAAGCAACUGGGAGCCUGACCACCACCACUGGGGUAGCUCCUGGCACAACUGUUGCACCUGGCAGUUCCAACACAGAGGCCACAACUUCUGUAGGAGAAAGAGAAACAACAAAAGCUGAAAUAAUCACAGGUACCACUGGAAAAUUAUCUGGAACAACCAUUAUAUCUGAAACUUCCACCACAGCAGGCAUCACUGCAGCGACAGGGAAGCAAGCAGGCAUCUCAGUGGUAGCUCCUGCCACAACAGUUGCCCGUGGAAGUUUCAGCACAGCAGUGACAGCUUCUCCUGAAGCAACAGGAGUGACUGGCGUUACAACUGCAACACGGACCACAACUUCCCUAGGAGGAAGUGACACCCCUGGAGCAGAAAUAAAAUCAGCCACCACUGGAGCACCAGGAAGUAGGACAGGCACAGCUGGAGUGCUCUCUGCUACAACAGUCUCCCCUGGGAGCUCCAACUCAGAGGCUACAACUUCUGUAGGAGAAAGUGGAAAAACAGGAGCUGAAAUAAUCACAGAGGCCACCACUUCCACAGAAGAGACUGGUACUUCUGGAACUGGAUUCAAAACUGGUAUCUCAGCGGUAGCCCCUGCCACAACAGUUGCCCGUGGAAGUUUCAGCACAGCAGCCACAACUUCUCCUGGAGCAAGUGGAAUGACUGGGGUUACAACAACUGCAAAGACCACAACUUCCCUAGGAGGAAGUAGCACCACUGGAGCAGAAAUAAAAUUAUUAAGAACCACCACUACAGCACCAGAAAGUAGGAGAGCUGGAGUGUCCUCUGGUAUAACAGUCACCCCUGGGAGCUCCAACUCAGAGGCCACAACUUCUGUGGGAAAAAGUGGAAUAACAAGAGCUGAAAUAAUCACAGAGGCCACAACUUUCUCAGGAGGUAGCGGGGUCACCCGAGCAGGAUUACCCAGAGGUACCACUGGAGAAUUGUCUGGAAUGACAAUUAUAUCUGGAAGUUUUAACACAAAGGCCACCACUUCCACAGAAGGGACAGGUACUUCUGGAACUGGAUUCAAAACUGCAGGCAUCACUUCCGCCUCAGGGAAACAAGCAGGCACCUCUGGGGUAUCUCUUGCCACAACAGUUGCCCCUGGAAGUUUCAGCACAGUGGCCACAACUUCUUCUGGAGCAAGUGGAAUAACAGGGGCUGGCCCCACCUCAGAGACCACAGCUUCCCUAGGAGGAAGUGGUACCACCGGAGCAGGAAUAAAAUCAGCUGCAGGUUCCUCUGGUACAACAGUUGCCCCUGGGAGCUCCAACUCAGAAGCUACAACUUCUAUAGGAGAAAAUGGAAAAACAAGUGGGGAAAUAAUCACAGGUACUACUGAGGGCACCUCUGGCAAAGUUCUGGAACCUGGAAGUGCUCACACAGAGGCCACAACUUUCCCAGGAGGCAGCGGGACCACCCGAGCAGGACCACCAGGAGGUACCUCUGGAGAAUUGUCUGGAACGACCAUUAUAUCUGGAAGUUCUAACACAGAGGCCACAACUUCCACAAAAGGGACUGGUACUUCUGGAACUGGCUUCAAAACUGAUACCUCUGCGGUGGCACCUGGCACAACAGUUGCCCCUGGAAGUUUCAGCACAGCCACAAUUUCUCCUGGAGCAAGUAGAACCACUGGGGCUGGACCUGCUGAAGAAACCACAACUUCCCUAGGAGGAGGUGGCACCACUGGAGCAGAAAUAAAAUCAGGAGCCACCUCCGGAGCACCAGGAAGUAAGACAGGCACAGCUGGAGUGCCCUCUGUGACAACAGUUGCCCCUGGAAGCUCUAACUCAGAGGCCAUGACUGCUUUAAGAGAAAGUGGAAAAACAAGAGCUGAAAUAACCACAGGUACUACUGAGGGCAAAACUCUGGCAGCUGGAAGUACCCACACAGAGGCCACAACUUUCUCAGGAGGCAGCGGAACCACCCGAGCAGGACCAUCAGGAGGCACUUCUGACACAUCAGAAGGAUAUGUCCCUGGAAGGGAAACAGAGCCCACAACUUCCAUUGAAGAGACUGGUCCUUCCAGAACUGUAUUCAAAACUGUAGGCAUCACUUCGGUCCCAGGGAGGCAAGCAGGCACCUCUGUGGUGGCGCCUGGCACAACAGUUGCCCCUGGAAGUUUCAGCACAGCAGCCAGAACUUCUCCUGGAGCAAGUGGAAUGACUGGGGUUAGAACCACUUCGAAGACUACAGCUUCCCUAGGUGGAAUUGGCUCCACUAGAACUGAAAUAAAAUCAGGAGCCACCACUGGAGCACCAGGAAGUAAGACAGGUAUCACGGGAGAAUCUUCUAGAAUGACCAUUAUAUCUGGAAGUUCUAACACAGAGGCCACAACUUCCAUUGAAGAGACUGGUACUUCUGGAACUGGAUUCAAAACCGCAGGCAUCACUGCAGCACCAGGAAAGCAAGCAGGCACCUCUGGGGUGGCACCUGGCACAACAGUUGCUCCUGGAAGUUUCAGCACAGCAGCUACAACUUCUCCUGGAGCAAGCAGAGUGACUGGCACUGGACCCACUGCAGAGACCACAAUUUUCCUAGGAGGAAGUAGCACCACUGGAGCAGAAAUAAAAUCAGGAGCCACCACCAGAGCACCAGGAAGUAAGACAGGCACAGCUGGAGUGCCCUCUGGGACAACAGUCACCCCUGGGAGCUCCAACUCAGAGGCUACAACUUUCUCUAGAAUCACUGAAGCAGUAACAGUCUCAGGAUCCAUGACCACUGCACUGCGGAGCCAACUCUCCAGCAGUCAAACAGUGAUUCCAGAUUCCAGUGGCAUCAUCUCUCACACAACUGUUGCACCUGGAAGUUCUGUUAUAGGAACCACCUCUGAUGCAUCAGACAAUCAAGUCACUGGAAGUAAAACAGGCACUACUGGUGUGGCCUUGAGCACAGCUGUUGCACCUGGAAGUUCCAGUACAGAAGCCACAACUUCCACAGGAGUCCAUAGAACCACUGUAGUGGGAUGGAAGACAGGUGAGAAUUAAUGAGCUACCACUAGAGGGUCAGCAAACCAAGGAACUGGAAGCACAAUAGAAGCUAUGACGUCCUUUAGAGGCACUGAGACCAUAGGAAGUGGAAUGAAUACAGGUACUACUGCAGUGGUCUCUGGCAACACCAUCUCACCUAGCAGUUUCAACACAGAAGCUACCAGUGGCACAUCUGAGCGGUCAAACCCUGGAAGUGAAAUAGGUACCACUGGUAUAGUCUCUGGCACAACAGUUGCAUCUGGAAGUUCCAACACAGAAGCCACAACUUCUUUGGGCAAUGGUGGAACCACUGAGGCUGGAAGUAAAAUAGUUACCACUGGGAUAACUACUGGCACAACCAUUGUAUCUGGGAGUUCCAACACAAAGGCUACGACUUCUACAGGCAUUGGAGUUGCCACUGGAGUUGGAAUGGCAACUGGGAUCACCAACAUAAUUUCAGGGAGAAGCCAACCUACUGAAAGUAAAACAGGCUACACUGUGACAGGCUCUGGGACAACAGCCUUACCUGGAGGUUUCAGAACAGGCAAUACCCCAGGAUCAACAGGAGUCACCAGCAGCCAAGAAGGCACCACUGUAAUAUCAAGUGGAAUCACUGGAAUCCCAGAAACUUCCAUCACAGGUCCUUCCAAGGAAGCAUCUAACGAAACCACUGCUCCUGGACCUCCUACCACAGUCACUGCUUCCGCAGGAGUCAAAAUAACUUCUGGAACUGGAGUGCAAACAGGCUCCACCUUGGUUCCAGCUGGAGUGCCAACAAGACCACAAGUACCCCAGUCAGAAACCACUGUCGUGGCAACCAGAGAAGUAGAAACUGAAAAUAAAACAGAAUGUCUAGCCUCACUUCCACCCGCUCCAGUUUGUCACGGUCCACUGGGAGAAGAGAAAUCUCCUGGAGACAUAUGGACUGCCAAUUGCCACAGAUGUACCUGUACUGAUGCAAAGACUAUAGACUGUAAACCUGAGGAGUGCCCUUCUCCACCCACAUGCAAAACCGGUGAAAAGCUUGUGAAGUUCCAAUAUAAUGACACCUGCUGUGAAAUUGGAUACUGUGAACCAAGAACAUGUUUGUUUAACAAUACUGACUAUGAGAUUGGUGCUUCAUUCGAUGACCCCAGCAACCCCUGUGUCUCCUAUUCCUGCAAAGACACUGGCUUUGCUGCAGUAGUCCAGGACUGCCCAGAGCAGACCUGGUGUGCAGAAGUAAACAGAAUCUAUGAUUCCAAAAAAUGUUGCUAUACAUGUAAGAAUAAUUGCAGAUCUUCCCUUGUGAAUGUGACUGUUACCUACAGUGGUUGCAAGAAAAGAGUUCAGAUGGCAAAAUGCGCAGGGGAAUGUGAAAAGACUGUCAAGUACAAUUAUGAUACCUUACUCUUGGAACAUUCAUGCCUUUGCUGCCGAGAAGAAAACUAUGAACUCAGAGACAUUGUACUUGACUGUCCUGAUGGGAGUACAAUCCCUUACCAAUACAGGCAUAUCACAACCUGCUCUUGUUUAGACAUAUGCCAACCAUAUACGACUUUCACGUACAGUUAAUGCUGACAUCACCUUCCCAGUUUUAACAGGCCUGGUAUUUAUUUUAUAAGUGAGGAAAAAUAAUCAUUAAAAUAGUGGGAAUAACUAAACAUUUGUAUCUCACUCAAAACAAUGAGUUCUCAUUAUGAGGAAUUUUGCUCUCUCGUGGACUGGAUCUGAAAAAUAAACACAACCUGACAAGC